AUGAGGAGGAGGAGGGGAAAGGAUGAGGAGAAGGUAGAGGAUGAGGAGGAGGAGGAUGAGGAGGAAGAUGAUGAGGAUGAGGAGGAGGAAGAUGAUGAGGAUGAGAAGAAGAAUGAGAAGGAGGAUGAGGAGCAGACGGAUGAGGAUGAUGAUGAGGAGGAUGAUGAGGAUGAUGAUGAGGAGGAGGAUGAUAAGGAUGAUAAGGAAGAAGAUGAUAAGGAGGAAGAUGAUAAGGAGGAAGAUGAUAAGGAGGAAGAUGAUAAGGAGGAAGAUGAUAAGGAGGAAGAUGAUAAGGAGGAAGAUGAUAAGGAGGAAGAUGAUAAGGAGGAAGAUGAUAAGGAGGAAGAUGAUAAGGAGGAAGAUGAUAAGGAGCAAGAUGAUAAGGAGGAAGAUGAUAAGGAGGAAGAUGAUAAGGAGGAAGAUGAUAAGGAGGAAGAUGAUAAGGAGGAAGAUGAUAAGGAGGAAGAUGAUAAGGAGGAAGAUGAUAAGGAGGAGGAUGAUAAGGAGGAGGAUGAUAAGGAGGAGUAUGAUAAGGAGGAGCGUCGCGCCAAACUCGCGUGGCCGGCUGCGCUUCACUCCAAACUCUCACCCCCUUUCCACAAAAACGAGCAAGCAACGAGUCGAGGAGGAGAGGGAGAAAGAGGGAGAAAGAAAGAGAAAGAAAGAGAAAGAAAGAGAAAAAAAGAGAAAGAAAGAAAGAAAAAGAAAGAAAGAGAAAGAAAGAAAGAGAAAGAAAAAGAAAAGGAGAGAAAGCAAGAAAAGGAG